CGGUUGAGUUCUCGGAAAAUUUGUAACGGAAUAUUCCUACCCUUCGAUAGAAUACCUUGAUUUUAGCUGGCUAUAUACAAAUUAGUAAACGAAAACAUCGAUCUAUUGAUCUGUCGCAGAUUCUUUUCAUAUUAUAUUAUAUAAAAAAAAAUUAUCUUUAAUAACUUUCUAAGCUUACGAUUUGAAGUAAAAGUGGUAAAUUCUUCUCGUUUGCAAUGCCGAACCAGAUGAGAGUCCUGGACUUUGGCGAUGGAUCGGUGCCCAUCCAACUGGACUAUCCGGAUCCGACGGUCUUCAGCGACUGCAGUAGCUACGGCGAUCGUGUUCCGGGUAUCCAUUGGAUCGAGAUCGCAGUGCACCAUAAGGGCCGCCUAGUAUACUCACCAAAUCCGGAACAGAUAAUCCUGGAUGCCUUAUACCAGGCGAUAGACGGGGCGGACUUCUUUCCCGUGUUCUACCAGCGUGGAAAGAACGCGGAUACCCUACUGGCCAGGAACUGCAAGGCGGCCAUUGAUAAUCUCUUCAAACAGCGACUGUCCAUCAAUCUGGAAAGAGGCGCCUCCAUUCCUAUCAGUAUCCAACUAGGCGUGGCCCAGUACCGACGAGACCAAAUAACUCCAACGCUCCACAUCGCAAGGGUAGUCACCAGACUGAUGAAACAAUUGAUUCAAAGAGACGGUGUGGAUGGACUUCUUAAUCUGGACAAUUUUGGAGGUCAUCCGGAGUUCGAAAACAUUGUGGUAAGCCUGGCCAAUCCGAGUAUCCUCUUGAACGUGUGUCAGGUGAUAGUCCACAACGACUCUGAACGCUUACGGUUGAACGGAGUUAUAUUGUCUAACAACCGCAUUCGGGAUGUACGACCCCUGAUGCUACUCGCCAAUGUGGACCACGCCUUGCUCGACUUAAGGGGCAACAAGAUCAAGUCGGCCGAGCGCUUGUGUCGCGCGCUGGAACAAUUCCGGGCCAGAGAACUUCUACUGGAGAACAACCCCAUUGUAAAGACAUCCAACUUUCCGGGAAGCAUUAGAUCCCUGGAGAGUAACUUCCAGUUAGUGGAUGGAAAGCCUUUUAACAUGCUGCACAAGUCCGUUUCGCCUCUGGAUGUGGAGAUCGAUUUGGAAGUAGAUGGAGCGCGGCUUGAUGCAAAUAACAAGUGGAAGUUGCCCGAGUUUGAGUACAGCCAGCAUUGGCAUGCCUUUAUGAUACCCGAUCCCAUAGAAGAAUUCAACCAGGAGGUGUUCUUUGACUUUUUCUUUAUUAAGCUCGAUCCGACCCUCAGCAACUUUUAUCCCUGCUAUUAUAAGUACAUUAACACGGAGCACGUUUUCCUCGUGCGUAACUGCUUUGAUCAAAUUGCACAUUUGGUAAAAAAUUGCAACCUAGAGAUGACUAUUCCGACCGACAAUCGGAUUUUUCGCUACUACCUACGUAUGAAUGUGAGCACCUUUAAGCAGCAUCACGUCGAUCCGGAGGAGUGCAUACAGAAGGCUGUGUCACAAUGUUAUGUGGCACAGAACCGAAUGCUUAAUCUCGCACGGUUUCAGUAUAAAGAAUGUCUAAAGGACGUGGUGGUGUCUCUAAGCUCGCCAAAGAUUUUGACUUACGUACUGUCGGUAGCAUCGCGAAAGUUCAUGACUACCUGUUCAGAGAUCCGCUUGUGCCACAAUAAGAUCCUUGUUCUGGAUGGAGCCCACGUCCUUGGCAUGAUGGGUUGCCUGCGAGCGGUAGAUCUCAGCCACAACUGGGUUCAGGAUCUGGCAUACAUCAACAGUCUUGGAAACUUGCCUCUUAAGUCCCUGGUACUUCACGGAAAUAAACUAUGCCGCAACUACAAACUUCCCAGCGAGUAUGUCAAGGCCGUGAAGGAGGUUUUUCCACAGUUGACCACCUUGGAUGGCGUGGACUUGCAGACGAAUCCCGGCCAGUCGGUGCAGAAGAACUUUCUUUGCGAUACAGGUGCCUACGAGUUGGUGGGUGGCUUUCUUAAAAACUAUCUCCGGGAGUUCGAAAACGAUGAGCUUCGUCAUAAUCUGUACAAGUAUUACUCCGAAGACUCGCUCUUUACUCUAACAUGCAACUACAGCGUGGUUCAAAAUCACCAGACUCCCAAGAUAUUGCAGCGUAUAUCUAAAUACAACAAGCACGCACGAAAUCUUCGCAACAAGGAUUAUUCCAAAGCAAGCGAUGGCGUGUUCUUUGGCUCUUCUGAUAUCGUGGAAAUCUUGUUGCAACUGCCACGGGUCACCCACGACUUUCACUCCCUGCAGACGGAUGUAAUGCACUACGAUGGUAAAGUGGCGGUUAUCUAUGUGACUGGUUUGUUGCGGGACGAGCCACCUAGCACUAGGACCGGACACGGAAUCAGAUCUGAUAUUGGUGGUGUCCUUCUGGGCUUUAGCCGUCAGUUUGUGGUCAAGUUCGAUGUGGCGAACUUGGGCUUGGGUAAGAGAGCUCGUCGUCUAAAGAUCGCCAACGAACGUCUACACAUAAUGAAUCCAUCGAAAAUAUUAAUGCGAACCGCCUUCAGUGUGAAUUAUCCUGAUUCAAGUGAACGUCAUGUGGAAGAGGACUCCGUAGAUGUGAAGGAUCACAAAUUGCUACUGUUUCAAGAGGUAACUGGGCUCAUUUCCACUUGGGUCACAGCGAUUGUGGAGGAAGCUGAUUGGGACUUUGAGCGAGCCCUAAAGUUGUUCAUUCAGAAGAACGCGAAUCACGAGAUCCCAGACUUAGCCUUCGCUUAGGAUACAUCCAACUAAAGCUUGAUAGAAAAUAUUGUUCACUGACCAAAGUAAAUCCAAAAAUAGUUGUAGCCAAUCGAUUAAGAAUUUCCUCUAAAGCUAAUCAUGACAAUUUAAACUCGCAAUUACAAACCAAUUUUCUAGAACUCAAAGGCAUUUAAUAGCCAAAGAACCAUUGUAUUACUUUAUUUUAGUUCCUGUUGCUUUAGGAAGUUAAAAGAAUCGAACGGAAUGGAAAUGAUUGCCAUACCCAUUCUUAAUGUCUUAAAUUUUGGUUAAAUAAGUGGUGGUUUCAUGUUAUCUGUGUUUGCGCUUCAUACAUCUGCAAUAUUGCUGGAAACUUAAGUUUUACCGGUUUUUCGUUACUUGUGUUUCAUCAUUGUUAAAAAUACUGAACCUAUUUUGCGAAUUCGACACCCCAAUAAAACUACCUUAGAUUACCAUUAAAAUGUAAGAUGGCCGAAAACAUUUAUUUGAUAAUUAAGAAUUAAUCACUUGCAAAGAGAAGUCUCUUUUCUACACACGUACGGGAGCUGUAUAUCCUGGACUUUAAAUCCGUAGCUGCGGAGGAAUGGGGAUUGGGCAGUGGGAAAUAAACAUUCAGAAAAUGCCAUCGCUUAAAUAUUUAAAUAUUUUGUAGACUAGAAAAUGUUUCUAAAUACAUUUAGCAUAUGUAUUUGUAUAAUAUGUAUAAUGCAUUAGUAAACGCACAGUUCAAGACCCUUACACGAUAAAUUACAAAGGAGAAAAGUCCGACUAAGCUCUAAGAAUUUUCAUAUAUUAUUUAAUGUGUCUGCUUAAUGGAUUUAGCCGAAUGGUAAUGGUUGGUUCAUGCAAAUUCGGUAUGAAUGAAUGUGUGUAAAAAAGAUUGAAAGAAAUUCGAGUGUUUUUCAUGCUUUUCAUGUCUUGGUUUUAAUUCCAUAACUUAGAUCAAGUUUCAAAACAAACUCUAAUGCCAAAAUGAACGAAUAACACUACUCCAAGCUAUGAGCGCGUUAAUAUCAGAUAAGUCUUUUGCGUUUCACGUCCGUCUUCGUUUCCGUUUCCGGGUUGUGUGCAUCUUGUGUGUGAUUGUAUGUGUUUUGGGUAAUUACAAUGGUUAAUUUAUCAGUAAAGGGGUUGGCAAGUGGCAAGCGCUUCGAAUUCCGCUAACCCCUUGGCUUGGACAAAAAACUGCAAAAUUGGCGCUCAUAGUGGU